AUGGGGAAACGGGUGCUGGAUGAGGUGGAGGAGACGACUCUCGACGAGAUACUCAACAGCCUGCGCGCAGCACUGCCAGACGCCGCCGCCGCCGCGCCCAGCCGCGGGCUCAAGCCCACGCACAUGGACGAGCUCGACCGGGUCGCGGCGCGCCACCUGCGCGACACGCAGGCGCCCACCCUGGCCAUCGCGGGCCGCAGCCUGCCGCUGCUCUACAAGCUGGUCGCGACGCUCGUGUCGCCGCCGCACCGCCAGGCCGUGCUCGUCGUCGACGCCGACGGCCGCUUCGACGCGACGCGCCUCGCCUGCCACGACGACGACGACCUGCGGCACGUCUACGUGCAGCAGUGCGGCGGCGCCGCCAGCCCUGAGCAUCUCCGCGCGCUCGUGGCCGACGCCGAGGCCUUUAUGCUGUACCACGCCGCCGCGCGCCCCAGCCGCUCCCGCCGGUGGUGGGGCACCGUCGUCGUCCUCGGCGGCGCCGGCGCGCCGGGCCUCGGUGGGGGGGACGUCGUCGCCGGGUGGAAGGGCUGGCUGCGCGUGGACCGCGACCAGGUGCAGCCCUUUGCGCUCGGCGUGGGCGUCGACGACGCGCUGGCCGAGCGGGAUGCGCGACAACGGGCUGUCGACGCUGCUGGCUGGGCGGCGACGUCCCCGUGGGGGGGCUUUGUCUUCUACGAUGGCUAG